UUUCCAAUCGAGCGUAUUUUUAUGUACGCUCGUCUGCAAAACUGGUCCCCCUUCCGGUUUUGUUCAAUCAACUCAGAUACAAAAGAAGUUGUGGCAUAAAAUAAGUAGUAACUUUACCUACUUAUAAUACACGCUGCCACUUUCAUGUGAUGAAGAUUUUAUUCCCGGUUUCCAGCCUCACAUUAAAGCUCACAUGUCGUGCUCGCUGGUCAGCCGCUCUGGAGCUCGGGUCUCUCUGGAGGACGGUCGAGCUGUGGUUCUGGGCCGGGGGCCGGACACCGGGGUCACCGAUAAGAGAUGCUCCAGACACCAGGUGAAGGUGGUGGCAUGCUAUGCAGACCAGGAUGUGGUUGUUACUCAGCUGGGUCCCAAUCCCAGCUUCCUGGGCGGUGAGAAGCUGGGCCGGAGCCAGUCUGGUAGACUCACCCACGGAGGCACCCUCUUCCUGGUCAACCAGGAGCACCCAUUUACACUGCACUACUCCCUGAGCUCAAACGGAACGGCACAGAAAGGACUGAAAGCCACAGAUAAGACAAAAGGAGGAAGAAACGGCAAAGAAAAAGAGGCGCAGUCGAGUCCAAAUCCCAAGCGCAGUAUAAAGGAUUUCUUUUCUACCUCUCCCAUGAAGUCCUCUAAAAGGCCGCUGAGCCCAGAGAAGGGAAACCCUGAGGUGAAGCGCCAAAGAAGAAACGAGAAGGCCUCAGAUCGACAACUGAAGGAAGAGGAUGAGGAUGAGGAGAAGGAGGAGAGAAUGGCGGAGGAAAAGCUGAAGCAGCUGCAGGAGUUGGCAGAGAAGUCUAUGACAGAGAAGAGUAAUAGCGCUCGGCCUUCAUCAUCUUCAUCCUCUUCAAAGGGCUGUCUAAAGAGCAACUGGCAGCAGAUCGGCACCCUGAUGCUUUACACUGCUGCUGGUGUCAAAGGGAGUGACAAGAUUGCUGGGUUUGACAUAGACGGCUGCAUCAUCACUACCAAGUCUGGGAAGGUAUUUCCCGUUACGCCGGAUGACUGGAAGAUUCUGUAUCCUGAGAUUCAGCCCAAGCUGGCCAGCUUGCUCAAGAAAGGAUACAAGGUGGUGUUCUUCACCAACCAGAUGGGGAUCGCUAAAGGCAAACUGAGACCAGAAGUCUUUAAGUCUAAAGUGGAGGACAUCCUCGCCACGCUGCAGCUACCUGUGCAGGUGUUUGUGGCAUCCGGUCCUGGUAUCUACAGGAAACCCGUGAUGGGAAUGUGGAAUCACUUGUGUGAAAAGGCAAAUGAUGGUGUGAUCGUUGACAAGACGCAAACUUUUUAUGUUGGAGAUGCUGCAGGUAGGCCUGAGAACUGGGCUCCAGGCAGGAAGAAGAAGGAUUUCUCCAGCAGUGAUCGAUUGUUUGCUCUGAACAUCGGGUUGCAGUUCCACACCCCGGAGGAGUUCUUCCUGGGAUGGAAGAGCGCCCCCCACAGGAUGCCUGAAUUUGACCCUAGGAAGGUUGACUCCACUGCGAGGCUGUACGACCCACCGUCUGCCUCUCUCACCUCCAGCGGGACAGAAGUCAUUGUUGCCGUGGGUUUCCCUGCAUCUGGUAAAUCCACCUUCUUCCACACCCAUGUCAUUCCAAAAGGCUACGUGUACGUCAACAGGGACACACUUGGUUCAUGGCAGAACUGUGUGUCGGCGUGUCAGCGCGCUCUGAAAGAGGGCAGCAGCGUCGCCGUGGACAACACCAACCCAGACCCAGAGUCACGCAAACGAUAUGUGGACGUGGCCAAGGCAGCAGGAGUGCCAUGUCGCUGUUUCCACUUCUCAGCCUCUCUGGAGGAAGCCAAACACAACAACAGAUUCCGUGAGAUGGCUCCGUCAGACACCAAACACGCCAAGGUCAAUGACAUGAUUUUCCACAGCUACAAGAAACACUUUGUGGCUCCUGCUAUCGCUGAGGGAUUCUCCGAGAUCCUCCAGAUCCACUUUGUGCCGAACUUCAAAGACACCCAAUCAGAGACCCUGUUCCGGCAGUAUUCUGAGGGCUGAUUGGACAGCUGGCUUUCUAACACCUUUGACUUUCACAUUCUCACUGACACAGAAAAAAAACAUAUAAUAACAGCCAGUGAAGCAGCUCAGGUGUGAGAUACAAACAACAAGCAACGAUCAUAGAAAAACACACCAAGUUAGUCAGUAGAGCGACAGUAGACUGGGCUUCCCACUCACUUCUGUGCGGUGCUUGUGUGUCCUCGCUUAUAUGCAUACUGUAUGGCUGCAAAGUAAGACCAGUGAAGUGAACUAGAGUUGAGUUUAAAGCAGUGUUUUAUCAAACAACUCAGAUUAUGCAUGUGUGUUAUACAUGUUGAGUUUAGAGAGAACAAAGUGUUAAAACAAGAAGGAUUACAUUUUUAUGUUGUGUAUGACAAAACGUCUUCCUUUACAAGUGAGUUUACUGCACCACAGGUAGAAAAAUCAAUGGUAUGACAUUUGACAAUAAAGCUUUGGAAAACA